CCACCAAACCUUUUUCUUAUCCGAUUGGGUUGAGAUCUAUUACUUCUCAUCAGCACAAUAGCAACAUUGAUGGAACCUAGGACCUUAAGCCCCAUAAAUGAUCAAAGUCCCAUCAUCAUCAUCAUCAUCAUCAUCAUUCAUCAAUUGUAUAGGAAAAGAAGCUUCGUUGAACUUUCCUGAAGUUGGCGCAAGCUCAACGACUAUGGUCUCUCGUCUUUUCCGUCCGUCCCCACAGCGACAAUUGCCAAAUUUGCAGUUCAAACCAAACCAAACCAAACAAAACAAUGCAUUCGGCCGCUCGUCCCCUAGCCCAUUUCUAGUUCCAUUCCCAUCGAUCAUUCCCAAAAAUAAAUUCCAUUAAUAAAAGGAAGAAAAAAAAACCAAACCCACGAAACUGCAUCGCAAUUUCUCCACGAAACUAACUCCAAAAAAUCGCACCUUUCUUCCGCCCAUUAUAACCGUCACCUCCAGCAACUUAGAGAUCAAACAGUUCUCUUUACCCACACUCAAAAUGGCAACCACCACCACCGCCGCCGUCAGCUCUCCGACCAAGAGGUCUUCCUCGGGGAAAGGAUUCAAACUCAGCCUUCCUUUACUCCGCUCCAUCCACACCAACAACAAAUCCAAUAAGCCCAGCCCCACCGCCUCCCCUGCUGCUCCGCCGGAGCGGCGGAGCAGCAAGGAGGCGGACCUGCUCCGUGUAUUCCGCCACUUCGACCGCGACGGCGACGGCAGGAUCUCCGGGGAGGAGCUGGGGAUGUACUUCGCGUCGACGACGGGGGAGGCGAUGUCGAGGGAGGACGCGGAGAGGGUGAUCGGGGAGUUCGACGGCGACGGCGACGGGACGCUGGGGUACGGGGACUUCGUACGGAUGGUGGACGGCGGCGGCGGGGAUGGGAAGGAGUUCGACGGGGAUCUCCGGCGGGCGUUCGAGAUGUUUGAGGAGGAUAAGGGGGAAGGGUGUAUUACUCCGAGGGGUUUGCAGCGGAUGCUGGUGCGGCUGGGGGACCGGAAGUCGCUGGACGAGUGCACGGCGAUGAUCCGGCCGUUUGAUCUCGACGGCGACGGCGUGCUGGAUUUCCCCGAGUUUCAGAGGAUGAUGAACUGAUGAUGAUCAGGGAAAUUGAUUGUGAUUUACGGUUAUGGUUAUGUCUCCUUAAUUAACGUACCAGAAGGUCCAUGCUUAGCAGUUUAAUCUAGUUAUAUUCGUUACACGAUCCGUGAUUUCACUCUUGAUUUAAAUUUAUAAGAAUUGAUUUGGUGCGAUGGUGGUGCAAAUUAUUCACAUUUCAUGUUCUUGUGAAGUCACUUCUGAGGGUCUUAAACUAUUAAUUAUGUGCGGACUGUAUAUUAUACUACGAUCUGAGAUUAGUGUUCUUAGUCCAUCGUAAUAAUUAUUCAAGCAUGUGUUUGCAUAUAGAAGUAACAAUUAUGAAGAUUUCUCAAAUGAAAACUUUUAAUAAGAAGUUACUUUUUUG